AUGGACUCUUCAGGUGACAUACAAUUACCAGGUAAGCACCCGAACACAACUGCCUUUGUAGCGUUGUAUUUCCAAUUGUAUUCUGACGAAAUGAAUGAAGACAUGAACAUUUCUGGCAAUCUCGAGUUCUAUAGAAAAAUUAUAGACUUUGAGAACGACACCGGCAAGCAUGAAUUGAUUUUCGGAAAUCUCGAUCGCUCACAGCAAAGGGCGGUUCAGUCAAUUACUCAUAGCAGGAACCUGGACUAUGAAUAUCAACAGGGUUAUGCGAAAGUCUUGCGUAAUUGUACUACAGACUGGAACUUUGGGGAUAUGAUCGAAAGCUCUCCUGCGGAGCUUACCCAUUACAAUGAACCAACCGAUUCUGGAAGACAUCUGAACGAAUCAUCCCAACUCGAAAUCGAUUACUUUGGCUCCAAUUUGGAAAUAGAGCCAUGGCCUCAAUAUUCAGUGUACCCAUAUCCACUGGAAUUGCCAAGUGAACUGGCCCAGGACAAUGUCGCGUCGGAAAGCUUACCGUUACCACAGUCCGAACUUGGCUCACAAUUCGAUAUGCCCAGAUAUGACAUCUAUGGCAAUUCAUCAGCUCUCAAUGGAUGUGGAAUUGAUUACAAUACACAUGUCGGUGGAGAUGUUACUCUGGCUGCAAAUCUCGAUACGCCCAGGAUCUCCUCGGACAAUAGUGGUUAUGCCUCCAUUCAACAGAAUAUUCAACGCUAA